AAGUGGAGAUAGAAAAAGAACAAAUUCUUGACUCGGUAACUUUGCAUCGCCACCAAAGUCAACAGUUAAAGGACAAAAGUCGAAGCUUCCGACCAUUGCAAUCUCUUUUACAAAGGAAAAGGAUCUUUCUCAGCACCACAAAAAAUCAAUGCUUAACCUCUACAAGACGACUCUCUACUAUACUUCACCAACACUUGCCCCAAAUUAGGCUAUUUCACAGUAUACUUCUCAAUGGCCGCAAGUCUCUUUGGAGGUGCUGCUUUGGGUCCAGUCUUUGACAUACUAUACAAAGCAGUUUUUGAUGUUGGUAUAAACAUCGCCACUUUCCGUUCCAAAUUCCUCAGCUUAAAGCAGACAUUAAUAGACAUCGGACCAGUUUUCGCUGAUAUUGAGAGGCUAAGCAAAGCUCUAGAUGGCCGAGACGAAGAAGUAGAGAUGUUUAGGAAGCGCCUGAUGAAAGGUGAAGAGCUAGUUCGCAAGUGUUCCAAGACUAAAUGCUACGAUGCGCUGAAGAAGUGGAAGUACUCCAAGGAUCUGACCAAGUUGGAAAGUUCACUGGUUAAGUUCUGCCAGAUGCACGGGUUAAUUCAGGUGUGUAGAGAUACUAAAAUGAUUCUGGUUGAGUGUAAAAAACAUGGUAAGAAAUUGGACGAGGUUCACUCGAUGAUGAGAAAUAUGUCGUUGAUGGGAUCGGGUAGUAGUAGUAUUGGGUUUACAAAUUCUAGUGGGUCUUCAGGGUGGAUGAGUGGUGGUGGUUCUAGUUUUGGCAGCUCAAAUGGGAAUGGGUUUUCAGGAUGGGCUGAUGUGCCCCAAGUUCCUGAUUCUGUGGUUGGAUUUGAAGUGCCAAUUCAAGAAUUGAAAUUGAAGCUGCUUGAUGAGAAAAAUAAGGUGGUUGUUCUUUCUGCUCCUGCUGGAUGUGGAAAGACUACUUUGGCAGCUAUGUUUUGUCAACAGGAUGAUAUCAAAGACAAAUACAAGAGCAUCUUUUUUGUCACUGUUACCAAAACACCAAAUAUCAAACGCAUUGUUGGGGAAAUUUUCGAGAAGAAAGAUUGCAAGGUGCCAGAGUUUUCUACUGAGCAAGACGCAAUCUGCCAACUCAAUAACCUCCUUAGACGAAUUGCAUCUCAACCUGUAUUGCUGGUGCUGGAUGAUGUUUGGUUUGAAUCAGAUUUCGACAUCGAGAAUUUUGUAUUUCAGAUACGUGGAUUUAAGAUUCUGGUCACUUCGAGAUUUGUGUUCCCAAAAUUUUAUACAUAUAAAUUAAAUCUUUUGAGCGAGAAGGAUGCCAAGGCUCUCUUCUGCACUUCAGCUUUUAAAGAUAGCAUCCCUAAUGUGCGACUUGAUCUUGUUCAUAAGGUUGUGAGAAGUUGCGGCGGUUUUCCACUGGCUCUACGAGUUGUAGGCCGUUCAUUGUGUGGCCAGCCUGAGGUGAUAUGGUUUAACAGAGUAAUGAUGCAGUCUAAAAGACAAAUUCUCUUCCCUACUGAGAAUGAUCUGCUUCGUUCUUUGCAAGCCAGCAUCGAUGCCUUGGAUGAAAAAGUUCUUUACAGCAGCAGAGAAACAACUACAUUAAGAGACUGCUACCUGGAUUUAGGAUCAUUUCCUGAAGAUCAAAGAAUUCAUCCUGCUGCUCUUUUGGAUAUGUGGGUGGAACGAUACAAUCUAGAUGAAGAUGGCAUGAAUGCAAUGACCAUCUUCUUUGAACUGUCUUCACAAAACCUGGUUAAUCUCGCCCUUGCAAGAAAGGAUGCACCAGCAGUUGUUGGCUUACAGAAUUUACAUUACAUACAGCAGCAUGAUAUGCUGAGAGAACUGGUCAUCCACCAGUGUGAUGAGAAGCCGGUAGAAGAGAGAAUGAGAAUAUAUAUCAACAUCAAGGGGAAUGACUUUCCUACGUGGUGGUUUGAACAAAGACAUCAGCCGCUUGAAGCGGAGGUUUUGUCUAUAAUCACAGAUAAAGAUUUCUCUUCUGAGUGGUAUGACGUGCAAUGUCCUAAAGUUGAAGUACUUGUAUUGAACUUUGAAACAAGUACAUACAACUUACCCCCUUUUGUAGUACAAAUGAGCCAAUUGAAGACUCUGAUUAUGACAAAUAAUGGUUUCUUCCCAGCCAAAUUGAAUAACUUUCAGCUUUGUUCUCUGCUCAAUCUUAAGAGAAUCAACCUGGAACGCAUUUCUGUUACAUUGAUUUUCACAUCCAAUUUGCAGCUACCAAAUUUGCUCAAAAUCUCCCUGAUCAUGUGUGAAAUCGGGGAGGCAUUUGAAAACUCUGCUGCCAACAUGCCUUACAUGUGGCCAAAACUCGUGGAGAUGAAUAUCGAGUACUGCAACGACUUAGUAGAAGUACCGGCUGAAAUAUGUGAUCUUGUUGAUCUUAAAAGGCUCAGCAUCUGUUAUUGUCCCGAACUGGUUGCCCUUCCCGAAGAGCUUGGGAGGUUGACAAAUUUGGAAGUACUAAGGCUUCAUUCUUGCACAAAAUUGGCUGAGUUGCCAAAAUCAAUUGUAAAACUUAAUAGAUUGGGAUUUCUUGAUGUAUAUGAUUGUGUGGAUAUGGACUGCUUGCCAAUGGAAAUGGAUCAACUCUGUUCUUUACGGACCGUCUGCAUGGGAAGUCGCCUGGGGUUUACUGAGCUUCCCAAUUCUGUGCUGAAACUAGUGCAGUUGGAAGAUGUUGUAUGUGAUGAAGAAACAGCCUCUUUAUGGGAAUAUUUUAAGGAAUAUCUGAGGAAUCUGAGAAUCACUGUGAUAAAGGAAGAUAUCAAUUUGAAUUUGCUGCAUAAAUCAUUAUUUAUCUGAUUUCAAGUAAGAUGCUGUUGGAGCACUUGCAUUGGUGGAACUUGAAUAUGGAUGGAUAGAGCAAAGCAAACACUGGAAUAACUUGAUCAACAGCAACAAUCAAGGUAAGUUUCUUGAGGCGACUUUGGAGUAGAACAAAAUGAGCUGAACUGGUAGCCAUGUGUGAAGGCUAUUAACAGUUGAAUGUGUUCUCAAUAUUCCAACACAUAAGGACUUUAUCCAAUAAUAUUUUCAGUGAAAAGAUGCAGCUCAAGAUUGAUCAUUUCACUUAAUAAGUUUCAUACAACUGUCAAGGAAUUGACAUCUUAUUAGGAGCUGUCGUUAGAGUUGGAAUGCAGAAAAGCUAGUGCAGUAGAUUAAUGUAAGUUUGAACUUUAGUAGGCUCAUAAAGAACAUAGUGUAUUGAUUUAUGGAACGGUCAUCCAUUUACAUCCUUAAAUUUGGAUAGGGCUUUGGACCCUGACCCUGAUGUAUUCCUUUUUAUGCAUGUAAAGCAAUCCAUAAUAAUAUAGAUGCUUCUUUGUCAAAA